UUUUAAUUUUUUUUCUCUUUUACCUUUCGUUUGGCCAUCCAGUCAACAAAUAGAAAACCAAAAUGCAGAACGACGCGGGUGAAUUCGUUGAUUUGUAUUGCCCAAGGAAAUGCUCUGCGAGCAACCGUCUCAUCCACGCCAAGGACCACGCGUCGGUACAGCUGGUGAUCGCGGACGUGGACCCCGCCACGGGCCGCGCGGCCGACUCCUCCAAGAUCUACGUGGUGUGCGGCGCCAUCCGCCGGAUGGGAGAGUCAGAUGACUGCAUCGUCAGGUUGACCAAGAAAGAUGGCAUACUGACUAAGAACUAUUGAUUGGUUUAGUCAUGUAAGCACUCCUAUUUUUUAAGAGAAAAAUAAUAAAAAAAAUACAAAAUUUA